AUGCCGACCUGGGCGCUCUCGUCGGCCAGCAGCUUCUACAGACACGUCUUGCUCGAAGAUGUAUCGCGCAGUGGUGGCACAAAUGACCCAGAACGCGUCCGGGACUGGUUCCUUCGUUAUGUGCUCGAGCCGGACCCUCUGACAGUGAGCGUGACGUACGACGAUCCCAGAGGUGACAACGACGCCCAAUCAGCACAUCGCGACCUCGCCGCCAUCGCACAUGUCGGGAAUUCCAGCGUGUCUGCUCGGGUCGCGGCGUUCCACGGCUCGUCGGGGCUGUGCCGAAACGGACUCUACUGCAUGCCCUAUGAAUCGACGUUCUACCUCAACCAGGAGCGCAGCCACCUCAACUUCAACGAACUGAACCACAGCAGCUUCUACGAUCUCAUGCAGUGUGAGAUUGUCAACGGAAUGGCGCCCAUGUACACCUGGGGGCGCAAACGGGUGAUGCUGCUCAAGCCCACGGGCGCAGCCAACGGCGGCAUCGAGGCGGUUGAAGUGAUGGCAAGGAGUGCAGAAGGAUCCAUCGAGCUGGAAACAAAUGUGCGUUUCAAAGUCUACCCUUCAGGUAUCUUCUACCCAAAACGGAGGGCGAAGUACAGAGAAGUCAAUGCGGAAGCCUCAGACGCAGAGAGCGAAGGCUCCAACAGCGACAGCAGCGAAUCGGACGGCGAUUCAUCAGGUGACGAAGGCCACCAACAAACAAGUCAAGAGCCGAGCUGGCGCAUCAAGAUGCCCUUCGAGAGGCACGUGAACCCGCAGCGAGGCAUGUUUGAGGCGGCCUACGACUUCUCAAAUGGCUAUUUCACUCCGUACGUAGAUACAGAGCCCACAGUGACCGGCGACACGGAGAGGCCAUACCCACAUCACCUUUAUCGCAGCUGGAAAAAUGUCUCAUCCAGGGAUAGCCACAUCCUGGAGCUGAGGGCAAGUGCCAACAUAAUAUACGCACGCAGCUUCAACGGAUUUUAUGUAGGCAGGUGCAUCGAAGAGGGCCGUGACUGGCGUGUGGAUACGCUGAACAACCAACAAUACGGCGACCGGGACAAGGUGUACUUCAUGCACCCCAACCCGUUCAUCCCGUCGGAAUGCGCCAUGCUCGCCAGCAACACGCUUCUGCUCUACGACGCGUCGCAGAGCAAGGAACGCAAGCACCUAACCUUACAGUUGCCUACAUGUGAAGGGCAAACGGUGACUGACGUCGUGCACACAGUGGCUUUUGGGAUGAACAUGAACGAACUUAUCCUAGGUGGGGAUCACCUGUACAUCCUGGAUAUGCGCACUGAUAAGAUCGAGGAGCUGCUGGUCAAGCCCAACAAGGAAAUCAGGGUUACUUCAACCAGGUGGACUGAACGCCUCUACGAACCCACUACCACGGCGAACCGCAGCCUGGCAGGCGCCAGUUGUGCUGGCUCCAACUACUGGAGAAACGCAAAGCCCAGCUUUUGGGACGCUUUUACAGCGAUUGCCGUGCACCCGGUCUAUCGCCACAUCAUGGCGUGCGUCUGCGGCAGGAGCAACGCUAUUUAUAUCUGGGACCUCCGAGUGCCGAUCAAGCCGGUCUUGGAAAUACCGCUACCGGCAGCGGAAUACUUGGGUGCCCGGUUCAGGGAGCUAAUAUGGUCAGCAAGCGAAGAGAGUAACGGAGAGUCCACGCUAGUUGCGUUUAGCUGGCGACAGCGCCACCCAAUUACCUGCAGAUUCCGCAUUAACCGCACCAUCACCCGAUUCGUGCAGGACACGGGCCCCGCAAAGGAGCGCCAGUUCUGGAACGGUUGGAUGGACCUAUACGAUCCGGUGAAGCAGAAACAGCUGGAUAGGUUGCGCGGGGUGAGGCCCUGUAAGUUGGCAAAGGCAGAAGCGGGAAGGCCCCCGCGAAUCGCCAGAGUGGGCCCAGUGCCAAAACAGAAACCGGUACCCCAGAACAUGCAUUAUUAUAUGUAUGGCAUGCCUAUACAUCGGUAUGAGGAAGAGGACGAUCUGCAGCAAAACGAAGCGCCUGAUGAUGGCGCCGCUGAUAAUGAGGACUCUGCGCUGGCCGACAGCCGACUGCUCAGUGACUUCGCCAGCGGCAAAGUGUUCGCUAAUGAUCUUGAGCUCACGCUGAUAGGAGUGAGACCGAUGCAGGUCAUGCGCGUUAGUAAAGGGGACCUGGAGGCAAACAUGGACUCGGUAGGCCCGCUGAUCGAAUCUCCGGAGGAUUAUCCUAACAUGAUUUUCAAGGCGCCGCAGCAUGAAGUCGCGGUGUCGAUUUUCCACGGUUACUGCGGUGUCGCCGUGGUCUGGUGUGGCAAUGAAAAGCUGCUGUUCGCCUGCACCACCAGUGGGUCCAUAUUCGCAAUGGACCUUCAGAUGCGGCGGCAGGUUAGGUGCCCCGUGGCAAGCCGCUCGAAUAACGCAGCGAAGACGACCUCCAAGGGGGGUGAGCUGUUCAGGUACGUCAGGAGGAUUCAAGGGUCAGUGAAGCUCCCGAGGGAGUUCAUCACGGACGAAGUUAGGUGGAUAGUUUUACAUCCCAACACCUCAGAAGUCAAAACACCGCCCAUACCAAUAGCGGUGCUGGGCUUAAGCAAAAGGUUCGUCGAAAUGCAGGAAACUGACCAUCUACCACUCUCGUGCGGUGAAAACACUUUCGACUCGCGAUCGCUGCUGCAGUGGCUCACCAAGCAACAAAUAGGCGCAGCGUCAGGCUUGCGAAAGCAUGACAUCAUGUCACUUCAGGACUUCGAGGAUCACAUAGGGUCUCGCACUCACCUAGAGCAUCUGGCGACGAAUGUCUGGGACUGCAACGACAUGAAGAUCGAUUUCGAAUACGACGCUGUAAAUGUAAACAACAAAUAUUUGGACCCCACACCCCCGUGUCAUUGCUUCACGUCUACAAACGCCGAUCACGGCUGCGAAAUCUUGUCAUCUUAUAUAAAGGCGUUGAAGGUUAACGAAGAUGGGGAAGUCACUGUAGAACCACUGCACGAUGUGCAGGAGGCGUCGCAAUCCAAUAAAGGUGGGUGUAGCACCAUGGAGGACUGCCUUUCCCGUGCGGCAGCCAGUGUGUCUAAGCAAAGCAUUGGCGUAGAAGCCGAUGGGAUCAUUCACGCCAGGGAAAUCGCCAACACGGUGCUGUUUCACUCGCCGGUGCUACCCGAGAUAAACGGUGCAAGCGACGUGCCUCCAGAGCCGCCUAACGAAGACGAUGGCGUGCACCACCGUUUCUGCGGCGUGGGGCAUCUAAUCGCCAUAAAGCUCCGUGAAGAGCACACAGAUGACAAAAAUGAGCGGAUAGAACAGCUGCUAGGGAGUUGGAGAACUUCGGCCGACACAGGAGGUGGAACCAUGGGUGCGGGGAUAACGCGAUUCCACAAACAGUCCAACCAAGUGGAGCUGCUCCGGCGGAGCCAAAUGGAACGCGACCAUCUUGUGCAGCAGCUGCUUUUACAGAGCAGGAACUGA